ACGCGCCAGGCCCCUCCCCACCGGCCGCCCAUAUAGCGUGAGCCUAGCGCGCGCGCGCGCAUCAUUGUGUGGCUGGACUCGGCCGCAGCUGUGGUGUGAGGCGCGUGUUCGGGCUCUUGCCGUCCCCGCACCCGCACCGCGGCUACUGGCUUGCGGUCCGCCGUUCGACAACCAGCCCUUGGGCCCCCGCCCGCCACGGACAUGCCGCGCGUCUACAUAGGACGCUUGAGCUACAACGUCCGGGAGAAGGACAUCCAGCGCUUUUUCAGUGGUUAUGGCCGCCUCCUCGAAGUAGACCUCAAAAAUGGGUACGGCUUUGUGGAGUUCGAGGACUCCCGCGACGCCGACGACGCCGUUUACGAGCUGAACGGCAAGGAGCUCUGCGGCGAGCGCGUAAUCGUAGAGCACGCCAGGGGCCCGCGUCGCGAUCGCGACGGCUACAGCUACGGAAGCCGCAGUGGUGGAGGUGGAUACAGCAGUCGGAGAACAUCUGGCAGAGACAAAUACGGACCACCUGUUCGUACAGAAUACAGGCUUAUUGUAGAAAAUCUUUCUAGUCGGUGCAGUUGGCAAGAUUUAAAGGAUUUUAUGCGACAAGCAGGUGAAGUAACCUAUGCGGAUGCCCACAAGGAACGAACAAAUGAGGGUGUAAUUGAGUUUCGCUCCUACUCUGACAUGAAGCGUGCUUUGGACAAACUGGAUGGCACAGAAAUAAAUGGCAGAAAUAUUAGGCUUAUUGAAGAUAAGCCGCGCACAAGCCAUAGGCGAUCUUACUCUGGAAGCAGAUCCAGGUCUCGAUCUAGAAGACGGUCACGAAGUAGGAGUCGCAGGAGCAGCCGCAGUAGAUCUCGAAGUAUCUCAAAAAGUCGCUCCCGUUCCAGGUCGCGGAGCAAAGGUCGAUCACGUUCUCGAUCAAAAGGCAGGAAAUCUAGAUCAAAGAGCAAAUCUAAGCCCAAGUCUGAUCGGGUCUCCCAUUCACAUUCUCGAAGCAGAUCUAAGGAUGAGUAUGAGAAAUCUCGAAGCAGGUCUCGGUCCCGAUCCCCCAAAGAAAAUGGAAAGGGUGAUAUAAUCAAAUCCAGAUCAAGGAGCCAGUCCCGUUCCAAUUCGCCGCUACCUGUUCCACCCUCAAAGGCCCGUUCUGUGUCCCCUCCACCAAAAAGAGCUUCAAGAUCCCGUUCUAGGUCUCGUUCAAAGUCAAGAUCAAGGUCCAGGUCGAGUUCCAGAGAUUAAAUCAGAACUCUCUUGUUCUUUGCACACUAUUAUGGAACACUUUCCUAUUUAGGCAGUUACUCUUCCAUGUUUAUACUUGGCCUUUUCUGCAAGAGCAAUCUCCUGAAAACG